AUGUAACUGUAGAAAAUCUACAAGAAAAUUUGAAUCGUAAUUUAAAUAAUGAUUACGAAGAAAUUUUUGAUGGUGAAUUAUCUGAUGUUGAUGAUACAUGCUCUAUGUGUGAUCAAAUUGAUAUUGAGAUCACUUCUUCAUCUUUUCCUUCAAUCGAUAUAAGUGAUCUCUUGGGAUUUAAAGCCAUCAAUGAAUCAGUUAUUAAAGCUCUAUAUUAUAAACUUCGAGAAUACCGUCUUUAUGAAACGAUGGCUGUAUUGAUCAACCAUAAUAAAUUGAAAUUUGAGCAAUAUGAAAUACCUAUAGUCGUUCAAGAUAUGAUUAAACGUGGUGACGUUAAAGAUUUGAAACAUGUUAGAAAAGUCUUUCAUAAAGAAGUUGAAAAAAGACAAAAAUGGGCUAAAUGA